AUUUUUACGAGGUACUGCAUAAUCAAUGUUUAAAAAAAAAUAUUGAAACAAUUCAAACUGAAACCAAUUUGCUAACUAUUAAUGACAAGCGUGUGAGCUUAAAUGCAUAUGAUAUUAGUUUAUGGAUUGACAAACAGUUUGAUGAUGAGUCUAAAUUGAUGUUUUUAAAAAACACAUGAACACCAAAGAACGGAUUUGUGUUUCCUAUUAUUAAACAAGGGAAACAGAAUAGAAGUUUCCAAAUGGAGUGGUUAAAUAUGUUUAAUUGGUUGGCAUAUAGUAACUUAAAAAAAGGCGGUUUUUGUAAAUACUGUGUACUGUUUCCUCCUAGUGAUGGUGGUAAAGGUAAUCAGCCAUUAAGAGUAUUUGUGACAGAACCAUUUGUUAAUUAUAAAAAAGGUUUAAAAUUGUUGAGAAACCAUGGAUCUACUGACUAUCAUCAACUUUGUAUUGAAAAAGGAUCUGCAUUUUUACAAAAUUUCAAUGCAGGAGGUUCAAAAUCUAUAAGCAUUAUGAUUGAUGACAAAACCAAAAAAAUUGUAGAAGCUAAUAAACAACGGUUGACUCCUAUCAUUAAAACUAUUAUAUUUUGUGGUUGAAACAAUUUAGCUUUUAGAGGACAUAGAGAUGAUGGGUCUCUCAACCCUAAUACAGCAAUUAUUGGAAACGAAGGAGUAGUUAGAAGUCUUUUAGCAUUUAGAGUAGACUCUGGUGACCAAAUUUUAGUAGAACAUUUAAAAACAAGUAAUAAAAAUGCUACAAUGAUCAGUAAAAUUAAACAGAAUGAAUUAAUUAAUGUACUUCAUCAAGUUGUUAAUGAGGGUAAGUAAAUAACAUAAAAAAUAAUACUUGUGUGAUGAGACUACUGAUGUCAGUACAAAAGAACAGAUGUCUUUAUCUAUCAGGUAUUAAUUUCAAUUUAUUGUAUUUGACCUUUAUUCUAUAUUAAUUUAUUGUUUCAUUCUUAGAUAUGUUGACAUGGAAGAAUUUAAAAUCAAAGAGGAAAUUCUUGGAUUUAUAGAACUAAGUUCAACAACUGGAUCAGCAAUAAAGGAUGAAAUUUUAAAACAAAUUGAAAAUUUUGGUUUAUAUUUAACUAAUGUUCGUGGUCAAGGAUACGAUGGAGGGUCAAACAUGUCUGGUCGGUACAACGGUGUCCAAGCUUUGAUACUUGAAAAACAACCUUUAGCAAUUUACACACAUUUUUCUAGCCAUGAGUUGAAUUUUUACAUAUCAAAAGUUUGUGAACUUCCAUCAAUUAGAAAUAUGAUUGAUACUGUAGGUUCCGUUUCAGUUUUUUUAUCUUUGACUGCUAAACGUACUAAUAUGUUGAUAGCUACCAUUGAAAAUCAUGAAUCUGUUUUAUCUUAAAAAAAAAAAAAAUUAAAAGCUUUAUGUACCACUCGUUGGGUUGAAAGACACGAUUCAAUCAUAACUUUUCGUGAACUGUACCCUCACAUUGUAGCAACUUUAGAGGAAUUAGAAGAAGAAACUGAUCGGGAAAUAUCAGCUAAAUCAACAAGUUUUAACUCUAGUAUAAAAAGAAGUGAUUUUCUUAUUAGGUAUCCUAGAAACAGUUGCUAAUCUUUUUUCAUUUACAAAAACCUUGAGUAUUCAACUACAAAGACCACAACAAGAUUUGAUAGGUGCAUUUUCAUAUGUUGAAAAAAUUAAAUGUUUAUUUGAAGAAAAAAGAAGAAACUCUGAAAUUGAAUUUUCUAAUUAUUUUAAAAAUGCAUGUCAAGCAGCAACUUUAGUUGGGGAAGAAAUAAAAACUUCACGAGUAUGUGGCCGGCAAACAAAAAGAGCCAACCCAAAUACAUCAAGUCCUGAGGAGUGGUUUAGAAUUACAAUUUUUAUUACAUUUAUUCAUAAUUUUAUUAUUGAGUUAAAAACAAGAUUUAAUGACAGAUUUAAAGAAAUUAUACCUUUCGAAGGUUUAAUUCCAGCUAAUAAAGAUGUAUACAACAUUGAUGACAUUUUGAAAGCAUCAUUCAUUUAUAUAAAGGACCUACCGGCAAACUCAGAUAUGGAGUUACAAACUGAAUUGGAACUUUGGAAAUUGAAAUGGACAAAAACAAAUAUAGUAGAACCAAAAUCAGCUAUAGAGACAUUAUAGUAUUGUGUUGCAUUUUACCCAAGUAUUAAAGUUCUAUUACAAAUAUUUGCAACGAUACCAAUUACAACCACUACUGCCGAGAGAUCGUUUUUUUUAGAGUGCCUCGAUAGAGAGAGUGUG